AUGGACGAUCUGACAAUCACACAACUCCAAUAUUCUUUGCAACUUAACGACGCACCCGCCCCAUCCAAGGCUACAAAUGGUAACCGCCGCCGCAGUCAAACAAAAGCCCUCGAAAUUCCCAGGGGCCCAACCCAGUCUUCUCUCAAUGUAGAGAAGUCCACAGUAUCAGCUCGUCAGACAUAUGUCAGUGUAACACCCCCCCGCGCGAUAUCAGAAACACUGGACCGACUGAGAAUGGUAAUAUUCGCAGAAUCUACCUAUACGCUUUCCCACACACAAUUCAAUCAACAUGUCACUUUGCUAAGCCUUGCAUUUAGCAGUCGGAACAACUCAACCAUGUCUGACAUCGACACUAGACCACCAACUUGCCACUCGCUUUAUUCAAUCACGGUAGCCAAGAGCAAUUCGCACUACUCAAGGAAUGGAUCCAAGACUGCGAUUCAUCCCAUGGAGAUUGUCGUGCCUCCUAGAGCUUGGCAAGCCGAUCCGGCUUAUAGAUUCGACCACACUCAAAUCACCACGCACUCAGUCGAUGUUUUGAGACUUCCGCGCAACUUCCGCGAUGCCAUCACUGUGACACUCGGGAUCGGGCUCAAGUACCUUUGGAUUGAUUCGCUUUGCAUUGUCCAAGAUGACAAGGAUGACUGGAAUAGCGAAUCAGUCGAGAUGGAAAACAUCUACAGUAGUGCAUACUGUACAAUUGCCGCCAGCUCCGCCAAAUCGUCGUUCCAUGGCUUCUUGACCCAUCGCGAGCCUCGGGAAUGCGUGCAGCUCCCAAUCCCAGGCGGAGACACGCUUUACACAUGCCCAAAUAUAGACGACUUCGAUGCCGAUGUUGAGCUUGGCGAGUUGAAUCAACGCGGAUGGGUUCUCCAGGGGAGGGCAUUAUCACGACGCACUAUCUUCAGCUCGACCCAGGUGUACUGGCAGUGUAGUGACGGGGUGCGCUGCGAGACACUAACCCGUCCCAAAUGCCACAUGGCCAGCUUCCUCGCUGAUGCCAACUUCCCAAAGUUUGCCUUGCAGUAUUACCGGGACGGACGGCAGAUGUCGAUACAGGAUCUAUUCGAGAGAUACUCUAGACAAGCAUUCACGGAUAAACCGGACCGGGGCGGUAGCGAUCCUAGGUCUGCAAAACCGACUUUCCAAAGCCCUCAAGACUAA